ACUCACUAACUCUCUCACUCACUCAGUGUGAAAACAAUGUCUGCCGGCGGACAGGAGCUCUAGUCCUGGACUCUAAAUACGGGGAAUACUGGGCCGAACCGAGCCGUCGUUGACUUUAACCCAUGGUCCCGGCUGUUGGGCUUUGUUGGGGUUCGUCGGUGUGACUCCGGACCCGGACCCGGAGCCGGACCCCAGACCCGGUGUGUCUGCCUGGGACUGUAAACCAUGAAGGUGACGGUGUGCUUCGGCCGGACCCGGGUGGUGGUUCCGUGCGGGGACGGGAACAUUCCAGUGCACACCCUGAUCCAACAGGCGGUUCUACGGUACAAGAAGGCCAUCGCUAAGGAUGCGUCCUAUUGGCUGCAGGUCCACCGGCUGGAACACGGAGAUGGCGGCAUCCUGGACCUGGAUGACGUCCUCUGUGACGUGGCUGACGACAAAGACAGGUUAAUAGCUGUAUAUGAUGAGCAGGAGCCCCAUCAUGGAGGUGAUGGUACCAGUGCCAGUUCUACUGGGACCCAGAGUCCGGACCUGUUCGCUGCAGACCUCGGCGCUGGGGGCGGAGCCUCGGCCUUCCAGCCUUACCAGGCCGCCAGCGAGAUCGAGGUCACACCCUCUGCCCUGCGCACCAAUAUGCCCCUCCACGUCCGGCGGAGCAGUGACCCCGCCCUCCUCACCAUCAAUGGACCGUUUACCGAGUCACGGGUCCAGACAGAAGAACCACCGUCAAGGAAGAACCCGACCCGCUGGUCCACCACAGCAGGGUUCCUGAAGGCCCGGCACUGUUCUGGUACCAACAGCCUGGAGAGGAAGUCCAUAGGUCUGGACACGUACCGCAGUCUUCCUCGGGACGCUGGGACCUGGACCAAUCAGAGGGAGUUUCAGAGGGAGACGGCACGCUCCUCACUCAGUGCAAACCACCCCAUGGUGGACCGCUGGCUGGAGAGACAGGAACAGGUAGGACCAGGGUCUGGACCUAGACCAGGGCCAGGGGUUUGGACCUAGACCAGGACCAGGGUCUGGACCUAGACCAGGACCAGGGGUCUGGACCUAGACCUGGACCAGGGGUUUGGACCUAGA